ACCGAUAACACCGUCAUUCCCUCACAUGAAUAUUCAGCCGUACGUGACGCCGAAGAAACAAUUAAAUUUGCUCAGAGGCAUGAAGCAACAACCAACGGCGGCGCAUAAAAAUCGGAUAAUUACGCCUCGAAAGGCAACUUCACCGUUCGAACGUUUCCGACUCCGUCAGUGCGGACGUUAAAGUGUGACUGAAGUGUUGGAUCGCGUCCAAAAGCGACGUCCGUCCCGACGCCGAGCUAACGAACUGACAGAACGGAGGCAGUGCUGGUCGAGGAGGUCGUGCGAGUCGUGGUGCGGAAUGCGAGAUGCUUGAAGGUGGCGGCGCGCCGCUCACCAGAGGAUGCAGCACGUGAAAGGAAGGCCCAGGGUGCGGGGCGGACGGGCCGUCAACAUACAAGACUGGGAGAAGCAGAGCGAAGUCCUCUCCAAUUGGAAUAAUGAGCUGUGCAGUGGAGAAUCACUUCCCGAAGUGGAAAUUAUUAGUCUUCUGGAGGAGCAAAUUCCCAAGUACAAGCUAAGGGCGGACACCCUUACGAAGUUCGGAGGUUACGAAAACCAGGAUUGGUUCAUACCGUCUCCAGCAUUACAAAUUGACGAGGCCGAUUUGAAAUUGUCUCCGGAUCAAAUCCGAGAAACCCUCAAUUACUUUCUUCUAUGUAGUAACCGGGUGAGCCAAAUGACCAAGACCUACGAUGACAUAGAAGCGGUCACUAGGCUUCUGGAAGAGAAAGAAAAGGAUUUGGAACUGACGGCGCGAAUCGGCAAAGAACUCCUCCAGUCUAACAGUAAGCUCGAAAACACUAUAGCCUCCCUAGAAACCGAUCUUAAAUCAGCCCUUGAAAAAAUCACACAGCUCAGCCAUGAAGUUCAGAAGAAAACCGAACUCAUCCAGAUACUUACGAACGACAUGGACGAGUCGGUGUUCGAGAACGGCUCCAGCGGCCGGAUUAAUUUAGAACUGAUGCAAAAAAGAAUGGCUGGCCUGGAAGAAGAAAACAAGGCGCUGAAGUGCGAAUACAACCGAUUGGCCAAAGACACGGAGACGGUGGAGGCCAAAGAGCAAAUGUUGCUGAAGGAUCUAACAGGACAGUUAAGUUGUGCCAACUCCAGCAUGGGGUACUUGGAGGACGAAAUCGACCGCCAGAAGGAAGAGAACCGGAUACAGCACGAGCAAAUCCUCACCCUUCAAGCUAGAAUCCAAGACAUGGAAGAAAAAGUGACGAAAUUCACAGCCGAGAACUACGAACUGAGUAGUCUGCUUCAAAUCACGAAAGACAACCAAGGAAGUCUGGCGAUAGAGUUGUCGGAGUUCAAAGCGAGGUACUACGAAGUGGAAAGUUUGUUGCGUGAUACUCAGGAGCAGCUGCGCAAACUCCGAAAGAAACAGACCCCGGGGGCUAGAAUCGCCAUGUUUUCGUCCCUAGGCACGACCUCCCAGCCCUUCGAUAGUCUACAAAGCGAGCUUGAAAUGUCCAUGCACUCGGAGCUCAGUACGGACUCAGGAAUCUCCAACCCGGAUAUCGUGCCUCAGUACAAGAAGGUGUUCGAGACGGUUCGAUGUGCCUCUCAGAACUCCCUGAGUAGUGCGGACAGCUUGGGUAGUUUACACUCGGGAAUCGGGGGGUACGUGAGUAGCACGAGUAUGGCGGGGGCGGGGCCGAGGAUGAGCAUCCGAGCGCAGACUUCCGACGUGCGGCGGUCAUCAGGCUCGAUUUACAGUAGCAGCAGUCUGGGGUACCCCAGUAUAGACUCGACGGGUCAAUCCGAUACCGAGUUCAGUCAAACCGACUCCGAUGAAGGUUAUCCGGGCGCCCCACAGAAAGGAAUCCCCGGAGUACCAGGAGCCGCCGAUUUGGAAGCCGCCUUGAAACGACUAACACCUGGAGAAGUGUUAGCCCGACGGGCUAAUCUUCAACACGGUCCUACGUAUGGGGGGUACGAAGGCGAUUCGUAUCUCCCAUUCGGGUGUCGUACCCCUGAUAGUCUCAUGUCCACGGGUUCCGGUAACUACAUGGGUUGGAAGUUACCAGAGAAACUCCAGAUUGUGAAACCGUUGGAGGGGUCGCAGACCCUUCAUCAUUGGUCGCAAUUGGCGCAGCCUACGUUCGGGGGUUUGCUCGAGGAACGACCCGGAGUGAAAAUCCGCGGCGGCAAAGAGUUGGAAGAGAUGGGGUUGGAGUCGUACGGCCUAAGCGACUUAGAGGAAGACGAAGAGUACACCAAUCCCGGGAAAGUGUUCGAUUCGUUGGCACCCACGUAUACUCUGACGAAUAGUACUGUGAUGCACCCCGACGAUGGUACUUUCGUUAGUCCUAGUACCCGUGGGAGUCGAGUGGCGUCGGUGUGUUCUAGUAUCCAGAACUCACCUCCGCAGACGCCUGGUCAGUUGAGUCGGCGGAAUUCGUGUAGUACUUUUUCCACGACGUACGGACUGGCGAAGAUACUUAACGAACGAGGAAUUAAAGCGGCUACUCCGUCAGCGUUUAACACCCCGUGUGGGGCUAACAGCUUCACCCCGACGGCGACACCCUGUAACAGCCCCGAUGAUAGUCCAUCACAAUCACGUUGUCAAUCCCCCGAGCCACUCAGCUUCCCACAACUUAUCCUAAGCUCAGUCCCUCAGUUUAUCAAAGAUACGGUUGUGGGAGGCGGUGCCAAAAAGAAGAUGAUUAAAGGCAAACGCAGCAAACCUGAAAGAGCGGAGAGUCUCAUUGGCAAGAUCGAGCGGAUCGGGAUUACGAAUCUGAUGGGAGCCCCCGGCGCUCUGUCCAUAUCGGCCGGUCUGUACACCCGUCCGGCCUUAACUAGUCCCAUGGCUCAGCUCACUUGUUUGUUGCCGAGUCACUCAGAAACGGCUUCUCAAAGUAGCAAAAGCCUUCUUCCCUCACAUAGAAAACCUCCUUCUGGUCUUGGAGUACCGGGCAAGCCCGGUAGCGGCGCACUAAGUAGGCGAUUAGAGCAACUCAAUUCUAGGAAACAGCGUCGGCAGGGGGUGACGCGGUCGGAUUUAGGUACCGUAGCCACGAAAAAACUACCAGAGCCCGAACAGACUUCCACGUUAGGUACUCUCAGCUCGUUAUUAUUCGGACGAAAAGGAGGCUUGUUUUAACUUGAUGGGUGCCUAAUAUUGUAGCAGUAUUUUAUCUCUUCUUUUGACCAAUACUUAGGGCACAUCCGAAUUUAAAGGAAAGCAGCUACUACACGAACAUUCUCCAUAUAAUACAGUCAUGUAAAGUUGUCUCAUUAUUUAUUUCGUGUGAUAUUUUAUAUCUUUUUUUAUUUUCUUUUUCGUUGAGUCUCAAUCACGUGGUGCUAAUCAGCGAGCACAAAUUGUUAUUUUUCUAAUGAAGUUUGGUGCUGUUAGUUAAUCAAUGUGUUUGUAAAUACUAUGUACAUAACCUCUCUUUUGUGACUGGUUAUUGGAAAUUGCAUGGCUUCGACGCUAGUUCUUCUUGUUAUCGUUAGCAAAAUGUUUUAUAAUAAUCAAAUUGGAGUUAUAUCAAUUGAGUAAGCCUGUAGUUGUUAAAGUAGUCCAUUUUCAAAUUACAGUAUAAAUGUUACAACGGUCAUGACGUGAGGAUUAGGAGAUUACGCUGUAUAAAGUAUUUAUUUUACUAGGAGGUAAAGUAAGUCAUUUAGUAUUAUGUUGUAAAUAAAGACGAUUUAAAAUGGU